AUGCCGCUGGAGGCGUGGGUCCGCGCGCACCGCAUGGCGAGGGACAUGUUCACCGCCGCGCUCAUCUUCCUGCCGCUGAGCUUGUUCGUGAUGCUCAACUCGCUGAACGAAUGCCUGUGCCCCAGCUGCAACCUGCACCAGCUGUGCCUCUACCGCGACCCGGGCCACGCGGCGCGCCGGGAGCACGAGUGGUGCACCGACCAGGCAGAGCAGGAGCCGGCGCCGGCCGGGGCGCGGGCCAGGCCGCCAGCGCAGACGUCGAUGCCUUCCGCCGCGGGUGCCCCGGCAGCUGGCAGCGCCAAGCAGGAGGAUGGCCUGGUCUCGCUGUGGACGUGGGUCGCCGGCCAGAUGUCGCCGCGCUCGGGGGCGCCGGACACCGCAGAGGACGCCUCGUCCUCGGCUCGGGUCAUGGCGGUGUGA